UGCCAAGAUGCCCCGCUGCUGCGCAGGGCCCCGGGCCGCCCCCGACGUGUGACCCCAGCCUGGUCCCCCUGCUCGGCCGUCCGCCCUCCCCUUGGAGACCCCCGGCCCGGCCCCCGGGGAAGGAGGAAGACGACGAGGCCGAGGAGGGGAUGUCGGGCUCCAAAAGCGUGAGCCCCCCGGGCUACGCGGCGCAGACAGCGGCGGCGCCGGCGUCCCGGGGAGGCCCGGAACACCGCUCCGCGUGGGGAGAGGCCGAUUCCCGCGCCAAUGGCUACCCCCACGCCCCCGGGGGUUCGGCCCGCAGCUCCACCAAGAAACCCGGCGGUGCGGUGACCCCGCAGCAACAGCAGCGCCUGGCCAGCCGCUGGCGCAGCGACGACGAUGAUGAUCCCCCGCUGAGCGGCGACGACCCCCUGGCCGGGGGCUUCGGCUUCAGCUUCCGCUCCAAGUCUGCCUGGCAGGAGCGUGGCGGCGACGACUGCGGUCGCGGCAGCCGCCGCCAGCGGCGGGCGGCCGAUGAGCUGGAGGCCGGCGCCGUCGAGGGCGACGAGGGGUCCGGGGAUGGCGGCAGCUCGGGGAGCUCGGGCGCGGGUCCUGGCCCGGUGCUGUCGCUGGGCGCCUGCUGCCUGGCGCUUUUGCAGAUAUUCCGCUCCAAGAAGUUCCCGUCCGACAAGCUGGAGCGCCUGUACCAGCGCUACUUCUUCCGUCUGAACCAGAGCAGCCUCACCAUGCUCAUGGCCGUGCUGGUGCUCGUGUGCCUCGUCAUGUUGGCCUUCCACGCGGCGCGGCCCCCGCGCCAGCUGCCCUACCUGGCCGUGCUGGCGGCCGCCGUGGGCGUGAUCCUGGUCAUGGCGGUGCUCUGCAACCGCGCCGCCUUCCACCAGGACCACAUGGGCCUGGCCUGCUACGCGCUCAUCGCCGUGGUGCUGGCCGUCCAGGUGGUGGGCCUGCUGAUGCCCCAGCCGCGCAGCGCCUCCGAGGGCAUCUGGUGGACCGUGUUCUUCAUCUACACCAUCUACACGCUGCUGCCCGUGCGCAUGCGGGCCGCGGUACUAAGCGGGGUGCUCCUGUCUGCCCUGCAUCUGGCCAUCGCCCUGCACACCAACGCCCAGGACCAGUUCCUGCUCAAGCAGCUUGUCUCCAACGUGCUCAUUUUCUCCUGCACCAACAUCGUGGGCGUCUGCACCCACUACCCGGCCGAGGUCUCCCAGAGACAGGCCUUCCAGGAGACCCGGGAGUGCAUCCAGGCGCGGCUCCACUCGCAGCGGGAGAACCAGCAGCAGGAGCGGCUCCUGCUGUCUGUCCUUCCCCGUCAUGUUGCCAUGGAGAUGAAGGCAGACAUCAACGCCAAGCAGGAGGACAUGAUGUUCCAUAAGAUUUACAUCCAGAAACAUGACAACGUGAGCAUCCUGUUUGCUGACAUUGAGGGCUUCACCAGCCUGGCGUCCCAGUGCACUGCCCAGGAGCUGGUCAUGACCCUCAACGAGCUCUUCGCCCGCUUCGACAAGCUGGCCGCGGAGAAUCACUGUUUACGUAUUAAGAUCCUGGGGGAUUGUUAUUACUGCGUUUCGGGGCUGCCUGAAGCCAGGGCUGACCACGCCCACUGCUGCGUGGAGAUGGGCAUGGACAUGAUUGAGGCCAUCUCGUUGGUCCGGGAGGUGACAGGGGUGAACGUGAACAUGCGCGUGGGAAUUCACAGCGGGCGAGUACACUGCGGUGUCCUUGGUCUCAGGAAGUGGCAGUUCGACGUCUGGUCUAACGACGUCACGCUGGCCAACCACAUGGAGGCUGGAGGCAAGGCAGGACGCAUCCACAUCACCAAGGCCACACUCAACUACCUGAACGGCGACUACGAGGUGGAGCCAGGCUGCGGGGGCGAGCGCAACGCCUACCUCAAGGAGCACAGUAUCGAGACCUUCCUCAUCCUGCGCUGCACCCAGAAGCGGAAAGAAGAGAAGGCCAUGAUCGCCAAGAUGAAUCGCCAGAGAACCAACUCUAUCGGGCACAACCCGCCACACUGGGGGGCCGAGCGCCCCUUCUAUAACCACCUGGGCGGCAACCAGGUGUCCAAGGAGAUGAAGCGGAUGGGCUUUGAAGACCCCAAGGACAAGAACGCCCAGGAAAGUGCAAACCCCGAGGAUGAAGUGGACGAAUUUCUGGGCCGCGCCAUUGACGCCAGGAGCAUCGACAGGCUGCGAUCUGAGCAUGUCCGCAAGUUCCUCUUGACCUUCAGGGAGCCUGACUUAGAGAAGAAGUACUCCAAGCAGGUGGAUGACCGAUUCGGUGCCUACGUGGCCUGUGCCUCGCUCGUCUUCCUCUUCAUCUGCUUUGUCCAGGUCACCAUCGUGCCCCACUCCGUGUUCAUGGUGAGUUUCUACCUGACCUGUUUCCUGCUGCUGGCCUUGGUGGUGUUUGUGUCCAUGAUCUACUCCUGCGUAAGGCUCUUCCCGGCCCCCCUGCAGACCCUGUCCAGGAAGAUCGUGCGGUCCAAGAUGAACAGCACCCUGCUUGGGGUGUUCACCAUCAUCUUGGUGUUCCUAUCGGCUUUUGUCAACAUGUUCAUGUGCAACUCCAGGGACCUGUUUGGCUGCCUGGCGGACGAGCACAACAUCAGUGCCAACCAGGUCAACGCGUGCCACGUGGUGGAGUCGGCCGCCAACUACAGCCUGGGCAACGAGCAGGGCUUCUGUGGCAGCCCCUGGCCCAACUGCAACUUCCCCGAGUACUUCACCUACAGCGUGCUGCUCAGCCUGCUGGCCUGCUCCGUGUUCCUGCAGAUCAGCUGCAUCGGGAAGCUGGUGCUCAUGCUGGCCAUCGAGCUCAUAUACGUGCUCGUCGUCGAGGUGCCCGGUGUCACGCUCUUUGACAAUGCCGACCUGCUGGUCACCGCCAACGCCAUAGACUUCAACAACAACGGGACCUCCCAGUGCCCUGAGCACGCGACCAAGGUGGCUCUGAAGGUGGUGACGCCCAUCGUCAUCUCAGUCUUCGUGCUGGCCCUGUACCUGCACGCCCAGCAGGUGGAGUCCACCGCCCGCCUCGACUUCCUCUGGAAACUGCAGGCCACGGAGGAGAAGGAGGAGAUGGAGGAGCUGCAGGCCUACAACCGGCGGCUGCUGCACAACAUCCUGCCCAAGGACGUGGCUGCCCACUUCCUGGCCCGCGAGCGGCGCAACGACGAGCUGUACUAUCAGUCUUGCGAGUGCGUGGCCGUCAUGUUCGCCUCCAUCGCCAACUUCUCCGAGUUCUACGUGGAGCUAGAGGCCAACAACGAGGGCGUCGAGUGCCUGCGGCUGCUCAACGAGAUCAUCGCCGACUUCGACGAGAUCAUCAGCGAGGAUCGGUUCAGGCAGCUGGAAAAGAUCAAGACCAUCGGCAGCACGUACAUGGCCGCCUCGGGCCUUAACGACUCCACCUAUGACAAGGUGGGCAAGACCCACAUCAAGGCUCUGGCUGACUUCGCCAUGAAGCUGAUGGACCAAAUGAAGUACAUCAACGAGCACUCCUUCAACAACUUCCAGAUGAAGAUCGGGCUCAACAUCGGCCCCGUGGUGGCCGGGGUGAUCGGGGCCCGCAAGCCUCAGUACGACAUCUGGGGCAAUACAGUGAACGUGGCCAGCCGCAUGGACAGCACCGGUGUGCCUGACCGCAUCCAGGUCACCACAGACAUGUACCAGGUGCUGGCCGCCAACACAUACCAGCUGGAGUGCCGGGGUGUGGUCAAGGUCAAGGGCAAAGGCGAGAUGAUGACCUACUUCCUCAACGGAGGGCCCCCGCUCAGUUAGCAGCUGCCAGCCGAUGAUGCCAGGCAGCCUGGCCUCCAGAGAAACGGAAACGGCUUCUUUGUGUGCCGGGUGGGCAGGUGGAAGCCUGCGCUCCAGCCCGCGGGGCGGCGCCGGUGAGAUUUUCCACUUUGACUCCAGAAGCAGCUUCUGCCUUUGCGGGCGGGCAGCAGCCUCCAUCCCAGGCCCCGGGGUGCCAGCGUCCUGCGAGCACCAAGCUGACCAAAGAUGUUUCCCUCUGAAGAAGACUCCGCUAGACUCGAUCUGAAUCUUGAGUUUUCUAACGGGUGCUGCUGCGCAGGUGGACAGGAGCUGCGGAAGCGUUGAUGGGUGCGUGGCAGCC